AACCCCUAUAACACAGUAAAUUCACAUACAUACAUCUUAAAAGAUGGUUCUAAACCUAAAGAAGAUGAUGCUUCGUGGGUUCGGUCUUAUGUGUAUGUUCAUGAUCGUUAACAAAGCUAACGCUAGAGAGUUUGCGGUUGGUGGUGCAAAAGGCUGGACCGUCCCUUCAGGUUCUCAAGUAUACAGUCAAUGGGCAGAACAGAGCAGAUUCCAAAUCGGAGACUCUCUGCUCUUUGUCUACCAACCAAACCAAGAUUCAGUGCUCCAAGUCACAAGAGACGCUUACGACAGCUGCAACACGGAUGCACCAACCGCUAAAUUCUCAGAUGGCAAAACUUCUUUCGCGCUAACCCACUCUGGACCAUACUAUUUCAUCAGCGGAAACAAAGACAACUGCAACAAAAACGAGAAGCUAGUGGUCAUCGUCAUGGCUGACAGAAACGGUAACAACAACAGCACAACAUCAUCACCGCCUUCUCCAGCUCCGGCUCCCUCAUCAUUAGCACCUUCUCCAGAGCUGGCUCCCUCUGCAGAGUCCCCUCCUUCUCCACCGCCAAUGACAGGACCCUUUGAGAGCCCAGCACCUACUCCAUCUCAAGAAACUCCAAACAACAAUGCAGCUUCUCCAUCUUCUUCCUUCCUCGCUGCUCUUCUCGGAGCUGCCUUUGCUUCCACUCUAUUCCUACACUAA